AUGACUCUCCGUCUAGUAAAACUAUCAGACAAAUUCUCCUGCUACACUAGAGGAGAGAACGAAGCAAGGUUCAUAUACCACGAGAUAUUCGAAGCCCACGGGUACGACAGAGUCGAGCUGCCCAAGGCGCCAAUUAUCGUUGACGUGGGAGCCAAUAUCGGGCUUUUCUCUCUGUACAUGAAGGAGAAGUAUCCACUUUCCAAGAUCAUCGCGUUCGAGCCGGCACCGGAAAACUUCGAGGCGUUGAACCGGAACCUGGCCUUCCAUAUGGUCUCCACCGUGGUGGCGUAUCCAUACGCGCUGGGCACACAGGCCUGUUCGGCGUCAUUCACAUACUUUCCGAACAUGCCUGGGAACUCUACUAUGAAUAUCGAAGAGAAGGAAUGUCAGAUCCGGCUCUUCAGGGAGAACUACGAUGAGGCCUUCGGAGACGAUAUGUUCAAGGAUGCUAAGCAGAUCACGGUUCCGGUUAACCGACUUUCAUAUUUCCUGGAUCGGUACCAUAGCAACGUUGAGGCGAUUGACCUUCUCAAAAUUGAUGUCGAGGGAACGGAGUUGGAGGUACUAGGUGGGAUUGACGACGCGGAUUGGAGCAAAGUGCGAAAUAUCGUGAUGGAAGUGAGUGAUCUGAAGGGGAGUCUCGACAAGGUGAAACAGUUGCUGGAAACUAAAGGAUUCACGGUUAGCUAUGUGGCCACGCAAGGGAUUCCAGAGAUGUUUAAGCUGUUCAUUGUUACAGCGUCCCGUUGA